CAGCCGAGCCGCACUCCGGAUUCAAUCAUCCCCAUUAUCAGAAUAAUAAAAACUCCGCCAAAAGGCAUAUAUGGCUUGACGGCACGACAUGGGGAUCGUUACCGAUAUGAAUUGGUUUCUGCAAACAAAGAUCCCGCAGCGGAUCGCCAAACCGCAGCGACUCGGGUCUCGUUGCGGGGCUGCUCCCGGAGGGCGCGGACAGGUGAAGUGGGCAGCCGCGGGGACCGUAUCGAAUGACCCGCGGGUGCAUGGGCUGGGGAGAUCGCUACUGGGUGAAUUUUCCACUGUUCGGAGAAGCCGCGAAACCCAGGGGUCUGUGUUGCGCGUCGACAAGGCUGGGGGAGGACCUGGAAGAUUUGCAUUUGAGGAUCCUCGAGAACGACAGCUGGGCAGGACUUUGUCGGAUGAGUUUGCGGUUAUCCGGGAAAAAUACCGUAAGCUCCAUUACACCCACCCUGUUUGCUGUCGCAGAGCUAACAGAGCCAUCAUACGCAGGGACCCCUCAAAAUCCAAUUGUUCUGGUCUGCGCCGAGGGUUCCGCACGAGAUUAUGGGGUGAUGAGGUGCUGAUUCUUGCUAGUGCCACGGGCUUCUAGGCUUCGACGAGCUAAGGCUCGCAGGGAAUUAUCUCCCUGGGAUACACUACUGGAGGGGAAUAACUGAGGCUUUCCGUGCUAAUGAUAUCGGAGUCAUUCUGACCAGUGGUCUGGUACCUCCGACCCAGAUUGUCUGGGUGCUUGCUGAUGAUUGUGGUUUCUCAAGUGCCGGCAUCCGGAUCCAUAGAAGUCAGAGCUCAAGCACUUGCGGAAUGUAUUCGGUUGAAAGCGAAGGGUAGGGAUGUUAACAUGAUAGGGUAAAGCCUCCUGUCCUCCGGGGAGAAGCAAGCUGAUAGAAGUCGUGAGUUAGCCAUAGCAUGGUAGGUUUUUGAAUAUCUUUUGUUUCCUUUCCAUGGCAAUUGGUCGAAUGCGCGGCAAGAUUCUGAAAUAGCUGGAUAGGGGUAGAUAUUCCGACCAUCGAAGGGUGAGAUGUUAUUAGUGAUGCUUACUGUUUAUCAGGGGAAUAGAUGCAAGAUAUAUGAUAAGCAAGCUUAGGCCUUUAGAUUUCAAGGUUAGUGAGCUUUUAUGUAUGAAUAUUCGGUGGGUUAACUCCUUAUCCUUACCAGGUGGUGUCCUUGACUACUGUUGCGACACCUCACAGAGGCUCAGCCUUCGCGGAUUAUUGCCUCGAAUCCAUAGGGAGUAAGUCAAGCUGUUUCUAUAUGUGCCAGAACUAAUCCUCGAGAAGAGAAGAGAACCCCCAGAGUAUACAAAGCCCUGGAAACCAUAGGAAUGCAAGCUGGGGCCUUCUCUCAGUUAACCACGGAAUACAUGGUGAGUGAGUUUAACAAGAAGGUGCUUAACGAUGAAUCCGUCAGGUAUGGUGAUUGAUAUUACCAGAGUCUUUGCAAAUUUGGGACCUCCGUGCCCUCAGGAUAUGGGCUGAGUGACUACGUAGAUACUUCUCAUAUGGUGCCAUGACUCAGCCUUCACUUUUAUCAAUGUUCCGAGCACCCCAUCGAAUCAUAUUGGAGAACGAAGGGCCAAACGACGGUUGGGAGAUAUCCCUCUCCCCCAUGUUGGUUUCAGGUUCCUCUCUGAUCAUUUAACAGGGCUCGUGUCUGUAUCGUCUGCUCAGUGGGGCGUUUACAAAGGCACCCUGGUGGGUCCAAGUCAUCUUGACCUGAUUAACUGGACGAACAGACUAAAGUGGAUAAUACUCGAAGCAGUGGGAAAGAGGAAUCAGUAAGUAUAACCGCCCCAGCUAAUUCUAGCAACAUUCCUAAGUGUAGCAGGUUUAAUGCCAUCGCGUUCUAUCUUGACAUUGCGGGUGCGUACCGAACCAACCCUCAAGCAGAAGGCCUUACCCUAUUUUAUACUGGCAAUGCCAAGAGAGCCUUUAUCGGGUGUAUGAAACCGUGAUUCAGGGGAGGGUGCUGACUGGAUAUAUAUGUAGACAUGUUGGCUGGAGAGGGCCUGUAGCGGAGGAAUCUCUUGAAGUCAAGACCCAUCAAGCUACUCGAUCGGCCUGGGGAGCCUUGCCGGAGAGGGGUAGAAGCGCAGAUAUUAGGAAUAAAAGAUCCUGGACAAGCUGGAGGUUUACGUGUUCACUCGAUUGAGCUGGCCAAGGGACAAAACGCGUAAGUGGGUGGCUGUGUUUUGUGGGGUUUCGGAGGAUGUGGAUUCCGCAGCGAACGGUUGCUCGGCAAUAGUUGAGGGUGCCAUACGAAUGGGGGAAAGGGCGCUUGGAUAGCAAGGGCGGGAGAGGGGGGGAGUGGGAUGCUAGUAACAAGAGAGCUCUCCUGUGAGGGCUGGUGGGCUUAUGCGAGUACGAUACGGUUGACGACAAAAUUCUCACGAUACCGGUUCGUGGUCUGUCGCGGGUGCCGUUAAAGCAUAAUUGUACCAUGAUUAACCAUAGACCUUAUCCCAGGGAUAGAGAGAGAUCACUUUGCUCUACCGUAUUAUGCCUUCCUUUACAUCCCCGUCAGAGGACCUGAAUCCCACAGGUGCAGAUGGGAGCUCAGGCGGAGUCUCUCGACUUGUUCCGGGGCGCAGAGUGCAAGGUUUCGGUUUGGUCUACGGUAGCGGUACCGGUGCUGGUAGGCUACCGACCGAGCCAAAAACUAUUCUUAACCCGGACGGAAACGUUUUUGGUAGGGGAUUUGCGGGGCGAUGCAUAAUUACUGGGAAUGGGAGUUGCCAAGAACACAGCACUGGUACCCAAUAUGGGCAUUAGUUAAGGAUUUAAGCUUUUCCUAAUGGCCCGUGCACCGGCUUCCGUUCCCUUCUGAACUCUCUGCCUUCCUUUGAUGGCUUGUUGGACAUGUGCUGGAGUUGGGGUGAGGUCGGGUUAACUUGGACAUGAAUUUACUGUGCUUGUUCACUUUGGCUCCACGGCUUUUGCCAGAGCAGAGGAGAGGGGAGGUACAGUACAAUGGUUACGG